CUGUCAUCUAGUCUGGUGUUAUCACUCAGCGCGCAUGCGCCUCCUUGACUGUUGACCCCGCCCUCUCGGUGACGUCAGGCAAAGGGCGGAUGUGCAGUGUUUGCCAGUCGCUCCCCAGGUUCUGAGCUCGGUUAGUCCGCCUGCGGCUAGCUCAGGGGUCGCCAUGGCCAUGAAUUAUAACGCUAAGGAGGAAGAUGGCCACCAUCACUCAGGGGUGGGUCCCGGGGCCGGGGUGAAGAGCAAGAAGCCGGAUAACACGGCCUUUAAGCAGCAGAGGCUUCCGGCUUGGCAGCCCAUCCUCACCGCCGGGACCGUGCUGCCAGCAUUCUUCGUCAUCGGCAUCAUCUUCAUCCCCAUAGGCAUCGGGAUCUUCGUCACCUCCAACAACAUCCAGGAGUUCGAGGUAGGGGGGGGGCCGAUAUCGUGAUGGGGGAGGGGAGUUACCGGGAGGGAUUAUCCGGGGUGAGGGCAGGGAUUAACUGGAUGGCCUCACCCACACAAACUGCCAUAGAACUACAACUCCCAUGAUGCUCUUCGUAUAUGGAGGUUUAUUUUUACAACAGGUGAUCGGGGUGGGGUCAACCUCGGGUAUUGAGUAGGGGCAGGCUGCCUCCUGAGGGGUGUCAGGGAUCAGGUAUAAGAGAAUUGAGGUGCAGGUCAUAUCCUCUCAGGGUGGACAGCUCUUCAAUGGGUGUCUGCCUCAGGGUCUUGUUAGGUAAAUAAGGGAGCGUGUAUGUAAUCUCUCCUGUUGUCUGUAGUGGAAGGGGAACUGUAACUAAACAGUGGAGUCAGUUUAGGUUUACUUGUAUGAUUUAUAUUUUGUCUGUGUAUAUUAUGCAAAUCUGGCCUUUUUUAGUGAUAUUAAAACUGUAGAUUAUAUAGCCUUUUUUUUUCUAAUAUAUAUAUAUAUAUAUAUAUAUAUAUAUAUAUAUAUAUAUAUUUUGUGAGUUUGUCUUCUUUGAGGAACACAAUAGGCCAAUAGGAACCUAAAUAACUUCAUCUUAUUGAGUGCAUUGCCCCUGUCCCCUUACUCUGCAAUGUAAAGUAUUGCAUUUUCUUAGAAACUGCAUUAAUUGGGUUAAAGGACCACUAUAGGCACCCAGACCACUUCAGCUUAAUGAAUUGGUCUGGGUUCCUGGUCCAGCUAGGAUUAACCCUUUUUUCUAUAAACAUAGCAGUUUAAGAGAAACUGCUAUAUUUCUAUUAGGGUUAAUCCAGCCCCUAGUGGCUGCCUCAUUGACAGCCGCUAGAGGCGCUUGCGUGCUUCUCACUGUGAAAAUUACAGUGAGAAGGCGCCAGCGUCCAUAGGAAAGCAUUGUGAAUGCUUUCCUAUGAGACUGGCUGCGCGCACGGCUCUUGCCGCGCAUUCAGCCGAGGAGGAGGAGAGUCCCCCGCUUGGCGCUGGAAAAAGAGGUAAGUUUAACCCCUUCAACCCCCUAGAGCCCGGCGGGAGGGGGACCCUGAGGGUGGGGGCACCCUCAAGCCACUAUAGUGCCAGAAAAAAGAGUAUGUUUUCCUGGCACUAUAGUGGUCCUUUAACGCCACCACUAGUGGCUGUUGAUCACGGUGUGUUUUCACUGGUAGUUGACAGUAAAUUACAAGACCAAUAUCGAUUUUUCAGAAAUAUGAAAAAUGUGCGUCUGUUAGAGUGUGUGUGUCUCUCCCUGUCAGUGUUUCUAUAAAUUUAUGAAGCUGUGCACAUAUUGGUUGUAUGUGGGGACAGUCUCCUCCGCACUCCCUCCAGCAUGGUUUGGAUACCCCAGGGAACAUAUGUUGUAGACUAACUGGGGUGAAGUACCACCGAGUCAGGAUUUUAUUCGAUAACUCAGUGCGAUUGGUGCAUUGUGAGAUAGAUGCAGUGAAUUUCAAGAUUGAUCUCCACUCCCUCACCUCAAAUUUCUUGCCUAGUUCAGUUUCCCAUCCAGCUCUAAAUGUAGCUUUUAAUGUAUAGACUGCUGAGAUAAGUCUGAUUACAGAUGGAGAUGGCCUUCCGGCUAUGCAUGCCAUUCAGGAGACCUCAAAUUUUCCUGUUUUUAAGUUACGUGCCGUAGGUACAUAUUGGCACUAGAGCCCUUGGCGUGCGCCAUUCGAAAUAACCCUCACAUAACAGGCAUUGACAUAGACGAUAUGGAGCCGCAGAAGCUCGCCCUGUUUGCGGGUGACAUCUUCCUUGUGGUGUCUGAUGCUCUCCGGGCUCUCCCAUAUGUCCAGGAGACAUUAGCUGCAUACAAAGCAGUAUCCUACCACAAAAUUAAUCUAACUAAAUCACAAGCCCUGGCUCUCAACGUUCCAGACUCUCACCUAUCCCUCCUUAGACUGUCCUAUAAAUUUGACUGGAGGCUGGAAUACAUAAAAUAUUAAGGCAUCAAUCUCUAUGCUGAUCUUCAAUUACUCAUGGAGAUAAUCAUUCAUAAAGAUCUCCACUAAACUAAUGCUUUCUUAUAGGAUAUUGUGCAUGGGUCUCUAUAAGUAACAUUCAGCACCUCCAUGCAGAGCCUGGAGACUCUGAACAAAGGUGCUGCACACUGUGCAGUACUGACACAGGACUCUCUAGUGGCGUCUGAGUGACUCACUAAAGGUGUUACUAGGCAGCAAUGUAAACACUGCCUUUUCUCGGAAAAGGCAGUGUUUACAUUAAAAAGGCUACAGGGACAGGCUUUAGGCACCAGAACAACAACAUUAAAGGGACUCUCCAGUGCCAGGAAAACAAUCCGUUUUCCUGGCACUGCAGGUCCCCUCGCCCUCCCACCCCCCAUCCUCAGUGACUUACCUGAGACCACUGCUGAUGUCCCUCGGCGGUGGUUCUCGGUCCGCCCACGCUCCUCCAACACCGACAUCAGCCGGCGGGGGAGACCGACUGCGCAUGUGCAGCCACCGGCGGGGGAGACCUAGUGCGCAUGCGCGGCAAUGCUGCGCACGCGCAUUACUCCUCCCCAUAGGAAAGCAUUGAAAAUGCUUUCAGUGCUUUCCUAUGGGGAUUUUAGCGACACUGGAGGUCCUCACAUAGUGAAUAGCUAUAGCAAACCAGUGCUGUGGACCAGGAAGUGCUAGAAGACAGCCACUAGAAGGAGGAGUUAACCCCUGCAAGGUAGUUAUUGCAGUUUAUAAAAACUGCAAUAAUUACACUUGCAGGGUUAAGGUUAGUGGGAGUUGGCACCCUAUCCACUCCAAUGGGCAAAAGUGGUCUGGGUGCCUGGAGUGUCCCUUUAAGCUGUAGUGGUUCUGGUGACAAUAGUGUCCCUUUUAAGAAUUGUAUAUUUCUCAUAAAUUUAAGCUCUUAACUUUUUUAGCUGGAUCCUAGAUUCCAAACAAAUUUGUCAAGCCCUGGCAUAAGGUACACAUGUUUAGUGUUAUUAUCCCCUUUAUCAAUGCAUGACAUUCUUGACCAGUCAGAGGCAACCUAGCUACCCCUGUCUGGAGACAGGAGAGCUGGGUACAGGAACCCCAAUGUUAAGGUUAAACAGUUGCUAAGUAGUUUAUUUCUUAAAAGGAAAAAGAUUUCUGGACACUGAUACUUUCCUAACAACUUAAAUAAGCUUAAGUUUUAAGGGGGUGUUUUCCUUGAAACAUCAAAGCAACUUCAUCUUAAUGAAGACCCAAUAAUAUCACAUACUGGGGCUGCUUUUGACUUGACUUUAAACCUGAUUACUCUGAAGAAAUCUGCAUGAGAGUGAGUGUGUUGAAGUCCAUGUUAUCUAGAUUACAGAUUGCCAAUGUGACAGUUUGUUUGAACUCUUAAGUGUGCAGCAUUAUAAAGGUAUACUUCUAUUUCUAUUCAUAUAAUGAUCACAAGGCAUGUGAGAAACUAUUUUUGGAGAGUCAGUGAGAGCAGGGUGAAGAAAUGUGUGUGGGUUAUAAAUAAUACGCCUAAAAAUAUGAUUGGUUGUUAUCAAUGCUGUUUUAGACACUUGCUUUUUAUAUUUCAUAUACAUGUUUGUUGGGUCUCAAGUCCUCAUAAUAAAUCACAACACUAUAAGCUGAAGCUUAUGAACCUUUCCAGAAACCAAAAAUGUAAUUUUCCUCCCUGAUACUCUUAAAUGGAUACUAUAAUCACAAAAUAACUUUGGAUUUAUUAAGCCAUAUUGAUGUAUAGAUCAUGCCUCCGCAGUCUCACUGCUCAAUUUUCUGCCAUUUAGGAGUUAAAUGUUUAUUCUGUCUCCAGUGGCUGUCAUUCAUGGUGUGUGGUUACUGGGAGAGGUGAGUAAGUUAUCAAUAAAUUUACAAGACCAAUAUCGGUUAUCAGAAAUAUGCCAAAUGUCUGCUCUAAUAGUCGUCAGAACCAAUAAUCGGUCUACACUUACUUUUAAACCUUUGUUUCUGUCCAUGCAGCCCUAGCCACAACUCCACUGACUAUGACUGACAGCCUGCAUGAAAAUUAGUUUAAAUUUCAAUCAGAUGUUAACUUACUUUAGAACUUUUAUAUCUCAUGCUCUGUAAAUCGGAGUUUAUUCAAAUACAGGAGUCUCCUGCAGGGUCUAGCAAGCUAUUAUCAGAGAGGGAGAAUUUAGAAGACAUUCUAAAUUAAACAGACUGUGCAUUAAAAGAAGUAAUAAACAUUAGAUCUCACUUUACAGGAAGUGUUUAGAACGGCUGUGUCAGUUGCAGCCAGGUGUGACUGGUUGUUGAUGGUUUUUAUAGUGCGUUCAGUGCUGACUUCUCUGUCCUGCCCCAAAACAAUUUAUUUCAAUAAAUUGACAGCUUGGAAACAAGACUUUAAGAUGUUACUUGCCAUUUUUCAUACAAUCACAGUGAGCCAUAGAGAAUCGUUGCAUCAAUGAUUCUCUAUGGAGCACUCAUAGGCACAUCAAGAGCUGUACAUGAGCCUAUGUUCCCCAGUGCUCUCUGUGAUGAUCAUUGGAUUAGCCCAUCAUCUUGGAGGCACUCCUCCAGUAUGACGUAACUUGAGAAGUUUGUGGCAGUGUCAAGGGAGACUUGGUGCUAGAGAAAAGGUUGUGAGUUAAUCGUUUUUUUUUUUUUGUGUGUUUUUUUUGUUUUUUUGUUUUAUAAUUCUGGUUACACAUGGAGGGGAACUAAAUAAGUGGCAUCAGGGCUUCAGUUUAGGAAUACAGAUAUGUUUCCUAACUCUACUGUGUUCCUAUAAGGCAUGUCUCCCAGCAAUCCUGUCAUUUCAAUUUUGUUCCCGGUUUCGCUUUUGGGGACACCAAAGAACUUUCGUUGGGCAGGACAGGAAAUUGGAGUGUGGUUUAAAAAAAAAAAUACCGAAGAGCUUUCUAUAAGGAGAAAAUAGAACAUGAAUGUGAAACGCAAUCCAACAUUUUCUUGGUUCCUUUAAAUUACUCCCUGUUAAUUGAUUAUCACAAUUUAGGUGAUUUUGGACAUGUAAUUCUGGCAUUUCUGGUUUUAGAUAAUUGCAAAAUUAUAAGCAGUAUUGUAUGUCCACAACAUAGUACAGUGCUUAACACUGCUCUGGGAGUUGUUAGGAACAGAUCCAUUUUUAUUUUUUUAAAUUUUCUUUUUUUUUUAAUAAAGAAAUCCAACACUGUCUUUUGAGGUGGCGAAAUCGUGCAUAGUAGAUUUUGUGUGUUGUCAAGAGGGACACUGGACUCAUACGGGUACAUAUUUGAAUUAGUGCAAACUGCAAUUUUAAUCAAGGAUUUAUUUUCUCAUUUAACAUGUUCUUGUUUUCACAAUUGUAAUUUUAUAUUGCUCAAUAUUAAAUAAACUGUUCACUAAACACUUUAAAAUCAUUUUUUGAAAUACCACAUUUGGACUGAUUAUUCUGUCCUCACAAAAAUUUGUUUUUUGGUUGCAUGAGCAUUUUGUAUCACCAAUUGGAUUUGUUUUGAGAAAAAGUUGGGACAUUUUUGAAAAGUGAAUGUUAUUAAAUCACUUUCUGUAAUUGUAAGCACUACACUAUUGUCUUUACUUUUUUACUGAUUUACCAUUUAGAACAGUUGUGGCCAAAAGGUAGAUCCUGAAAUGCUGCUUAAAGGGACACUAUAGUCACCAAAACAACUUUAGCUUAAUAAAACAGUAAGUGUGUAGAACAUGCCUUCAGUCUCACUGGUCAAUUUUCUGCCAUUGAGAAGUUAAAUCACUUUGUUUAUGCAGCCCUAGUCACAGCUCGCUGCAUGUGACUUACACAGCCUUCCUAAACACUUCCUGUGAAGAGUAAUCUAAUGUUUACACUUGCUUUAUUGCAAAUUCUUUUUUAUUUAGAAUUUCUUAUUUCCUGUAUGUAAUUAAAGUUCAAUUUACAGAACAGGGGGUUCAAAUAUUUAAAGUUAGUUACAUCUGAUUGAAAAUACAACCAUCUUGUUUUCAUGCAGACUGUCAGUCACAACCAGGAGAGGUGUGACUAGAGUUGCAUAAACAGAAAUUAAAGUGAUUUAACUCCUAAAUGGCAGUGAGCCUGCAGGGACAUGAUCUAUACACCAAAACAGCUUUAUUGGGUUAAAGUUGUUUUGGUGACUAUAGUGUUUAAAUAAACAGCCACAGUUUUUACAGCCUUAAUGUCGUUCUAUAUAACAAUAUCUAAAAUAAUAGUACAAUAAAAAAUUCUGUACAGCGUCGUAGCUGAAUUGCUUGGAGUGUCUUGACUUAAAGGAAAACUAUAGGGUCACGAACAAAAACAUGUAUUCUUGAUCGUAUAGUGUUAAAAUAAUAUUUAGCCUUCUAUUGCUCCCUCUUAAAUAAGUAGAAAACGUACCUUUUACUUUUUUUGCACAGUGUGUCUCUAACAGAACUGGCACCACCACUAAAACGCCUUCUUGGCUGAUAUCAGAAUUGAAAAUCUCAGCGGAUCCAAUUCUUUCGCAUUAGGAGGCUUAUGUGCAAGUGCGGCCAUCAAUGUAUCUUUGUUAGGAAGGUUCAGUGCCUCCAUGCAGAUUGUGGAGACACUAAAUUUGUGAAUACCUGCAGACUGACUAUACUCACUAGAAUUACAUUAUGCUGCAGUUGUUCAGGUGACAAUAGCUUCCCUUUAAGUGUAUUUUAAAUGUAAUCGAGCAGCAAGGUCCCUUAAUGCAUCUGUGUCGCUUCUGGAAGGUCAUCAGAACUUAUGAUUUACUAGACAGUCUGAUGCGUCUCAUAGAAGCAGGGCUUAUGCUCUACAAUUUAAUCAUUGAUUCUACAGUGCUUCUCAUAAAGAAGCAUUGCAUUGAAAUAUUUAAGAACCAUAGUCUCCUCCUUUUUUUUUUGCUACUUCACAAAGUGAUUAGGAAGAUAGCUGGGAGGGUGCAACCAUGGCACAUAAUGAAAGUUUAAUUUGUUUCUUGAGAUCAACUCAUUUAUAAUGUUGAAUAAUAGUGAUAAAGAAGAGGGAACACUCUUUUAAAUCUUAAAGCACUAGCUGUUGCUAAAGAAAUGUGGGAAGCAGGUGACUGAUGGUUGUUACAGUAGUGUAGGACCUCCACAUGCAUUCUUUGUUUUAUUUUUUCAGUGUAUUCAUCACGGUUGCUUAUUAAAAAUUCAAGAGCCUAAGAUAUGAGAUACAUUGGUCCAUUGUAAUGAAAUGAAAGGUAUUGGAUUGAUGUAAUGUGAACUGUGUUCUUCAACCUUUUCUUGGAAAUUUCAUCAUUGGCAUUGUGCAGUGUUUAAAGGGACACUAUAGUCACCAGAGCAACUACAGCUUAAUGUAGUUCUGGUGUCUACUCUCUGUCCCUGGAGACAUUUUUAAGUAAACCUUUCAGUGAAAAGGCAGUGUUUACAUUGCUGCUUAGUAGCACCUUUAGUGGUAGUCACUCAGACAGCCACUUGAGGUGUUUCAUGGGUCAGUGAUGGCCAAAACCAUCACCAGCUGUCGUAGAACUACAACUGAAAUUUUGCAGAUGUAGGUACACUAUAGAGCAGGGGAAGGCAACCUACGGCACUUGUGCCAUGCAAGGUACUCAAGGCUGCUAGAGCUAAACAGGCUCUGGCCUAUCAGGAGUCCCAGUGAAACUUCAGAUAUCUUCUAAUACGAAAAGGUGGUGAAGGACAAUCCUCAAUUUAUGCAUUGCAGCACGUAGAGGAAGUGAUAUCAGAUCACUUCCUCCCAGCACUUGUGAAUGGGAAUUCACACUUUAGUAGAGCAGCCUGCAGCUGCUGUUGCACCUCCUGUACCUGGCCAGCCUGGAACCCAGGGAAGCCCCCCACACUGCUAGAUAUUCACAGAAAUGCACAAUAACCCCCCCUCAUACAAAUAAUAAUACGAACAGCCCUCAAACAAACAUACCUACAAUCCGCACAAACGUAACCCGCUAACAAUCCACAUACAUGCACACAACCCCACAUGCAGCCUCUCACAUGCAAUACCCCAAACAGCCCCACACAUACACACACUACUAAACACACAAUGUGACAUAUCCAUACACACACAAUUCCACAAGCAGCCCACAUUCAUAUGUAUCAUACACGAUACCACAAACUACUCCUGAACAUAUACAAUAAAAUUGCUCAUAUACGCACAAAUACAACAAUACAAAGAAAUUACAGUAAAAAUAACACAAGCAGAAUACGGCAGCAUACACACCUCAAUUUAAAAAAAUUGGACCGGCACGCUACGGGACAUCACAAUCCUAUAUUGGCACAGUGCUGCUAAAAGGUUGCCUACCCCUGCUAUAGAGUUAGGACCUCUUGAGGGUUCUUGAGUUGUACUUGCCCUUCUUACUUUGCCAUGGCCCUCUGCCUAGUUACUAGUGUCAAGUGCAGCAAAUGUCACACUGCACCAAAUGCUACUCUAGGAGCAGUAUUUGAUUGACAAAAGUCUGACACGGUUUUCACAGGGAAGUGCCACUUGUGAAGGUUUUCGACUCCUACCUCCUCACCAUACCAAAUCUCUCCUCUCUACCGCUUUUGUCACUUUACGGGGCUAUCCUCACUAUGUCCAAAUUCAUGUUAUACAUACGCUUAAUGUUAACAUGGCUAGGCUAGGUAAGAACCCUAGCAACUAUAUAGGACACUCAUUUAGGAUAGGGGCCGUCUCUACUGCAUCGAGCCAGGACAUUCCAGUCCAUAUAAUUAAAUCGCUAGGCCGCUGGAAGUACUCAGCAUAUACAACUUACAUACCUCAACCGGUACAGGAAAUGCAAAAAGCAUUAGAAAAAAAUCUUCUUAAUUGUACCUAGGUUGUAUUAUGUUCUUUCUCAAUAAAUUUAUUUUAAGUAUGUUCUGUUUUCCUUUUUGCCCUCUUUUAUUACUGGCCCACAGCAUACGUCGGUUUCGGCACACCUCAACCGACUUUUUCCCUAUCACCGGUUCUGUUGCACUAAUCUUACUUCAAUCAUAACCUAUGUAGCCCUGAACACAAAUUGGAAGGCUUGGCCUGAAGUUCUGGGAGGGACUUAUGGACCUUUAAAAGGGACUCACUCUUUCCCUAACCUACCGUGAUUGGUCCGACGAUCUUCUGCCCCAACCUCCACUCCCUUUAUUCAACAAACUCUACUAGUGUAGGCCCACUUUUAUUACUGGCCUACAGCAUACAUCUGUUUCGGCACACCUCAACCUACUUUUUCCCUAUCACAGGUUCUGUUACACCAAUCUUACUUCAAUCAUAACCGAUGUAGCCCUGAACACAAAGUAAAAAUAAAUGAUAUAUAGAUUGCUAGAUCAAAGUGUUGGUCUGCACUCACGGUCUUCAUAAAACGUAACUUUUAAUAUUUACAUAAAAAGAAAACAAAUGUGAUGCCGAAUAGCGUCGGCGUUUCAGUUCCGGUUCGGGACUUUACUCAGGACAGCAUGGAAAGUCCCGAACCGGGACUGAAACAUUGACACUAUUCGGCAUCACAUUUGUUUUCUUUUUAUGUAAAUAUUAAAAGCUAAGUUUUAAGAAGACCGUGAGUGCGGAUCAUCACUUUGAUCUUUGUAUUCUGAUGACCUCGGUCUGGCACCCGGUAUACAAGGCAACAUUACAAUUCAGCCUGCAGUUCAAGGAAACUCUGGAUGUAUAUAUUAACAUCCGCCGGCGGUUGAGACUUAAUGCGCAUGCACGGCAAUGGCUGCGCGCCUUGCAUCUCCCCAUAGGAAAGCAGUCUUAAAGUAGUCUAAGAAGCCAGAAGUCCCUCUAGUGGCUGUCUACCAGACUUAACCCUGCAAAAACUUAAAUGGGGGGACAUAGUGCCCCCCUGGUCCCCACCCAUGAGCGGCGGGUGGGGACCCUAAUUAAAUAAUGGGGGGGGGGGACCUAAUGCCAUGUGCUGCGGGUGGGGACCCUAAUUAAAUAAAUAAUGAAGGGGGCCUAAUGCCAUACUGACUUAUACUUAGUUUUAAAUGACAGCGAGCAGCCACUGGCUCUUCUCUGUUUACAUACCGCAAGUAGGGGCAUGCGGGAGGAUUUAACCUCCCUUUUAUUAAUAUGGUGUUAUAGUGAUUUUAAUGCAGGAGUGGGAGGGUUGUAAUGCCUGCCAGUUCCCUCCUUUUUUUUCUUUUCUUUUUUUUUUUUUUGCGCUUGCGGACUGUUAUUUUCUCUGUGCUGUGGGGGUUAAUUCCCCUGCAGCAUGGAGUCUAUUAAACAAAACGAAAAGGUGAUGCAUUUGUCGUUUUGUUUGUUUUUCGUUUGUAGGGCUUUCGUUUACGUUUUAGUAAACGAAUACGAUAAAAACACUGAAUUUUAGGACAAAAUUGUAUUAGUUCGAAAACUAAUGCACAUGUCAACUAUGAAGUAUUAUGUAUCUCUGCAAUUUAGAGUUUAAUUAUUGGGAAACUAGAGAGCUUUAAUACUGUUUCUCACUGUUAUACAUGCUUUGUGUUUGUUCAGUAUAUAUUACUGAGGUAAUCCUGUUUUAAAAGGCAGGAUCUUAAACAAAAAAAAUAUUUCUUUAUUCAUGGGUCACGAGGUGCAUUCCAGUUCUUGCUGAAAUAGUAAACUCUGUAUUACAAUCACUUGAGGUUUGUUGAGCAUUUUAAACUACCUUAGCAACCUUUGGAAUAUGUGAAGUUAGGAAUUUAAGUUGGCUCUUAAAGGAAAACUAUAGGGUCAGGAACACAAACAUGUAUUUCUGACCCUAUAGUGUUAAAAGUACCAUUUUGGUGUCUUUCCCCACACCUUAGCCACCUUAAAAAACCUUAUUUCCAGCGCCGUGUGGGUCUGCCGGCGCCCCAGUUCUCUGAAAAGGCAGUAUUUGCAUUAAAAUGCCUGAAGGGAAUGAUUAUACUCAUAAGAACAACUACAUUAAGCUGUAAUUGUUCUGGUGACUAUAGUGUCCCUUUUAAAAUAAAAAUUAAAGUCCCAUACAUAUACAAACCUCUUGCAUUAAUCAUUUUAGAUACUGUUAUGCAGACUUCACUGGAGCUAGCAGAUUUGAUUAGAACUUGUAUGGGUUUUUGGUCUUACUCUGUUAUUUAAGUGUAAAUACAAUAUCAUUUAUCUUUGAUUGUGAGAAUGGUUGAUUGGUUAAGUAAAGGUGUUCUGAAAUGAUCUCUGGGUUGUCAAACUAAAACUCCCAACCAAACGUGCACUAAAACUGCAAACCUCUCUUAUGCAAACCUUUACAUAGUUAAAUAGCUGAAAAGAGACUUGCGUCCAUCAAGUUCAGCCUUCCUCACAUAUGAUUUUGCUGUUGAUCCAAAAGAAGGCAAAAAACCCAGUCUGAAGUGCUUCCAAUUUUGCAACAAACUAGGAAGAAAUUCCUUCUUGACCAAAGAAUGGCAGUCAGAUUUAUGCUUUCAUCAAGCAGCUAUUACCCCACUAAUUAGAAAUGAUAUCUCUGUAUGUUAUAUAUUUGCAGGUAUUUAUCCAAUUGCAGUUUAAACAUCUGUAUGGACUCUGAUAAAACCACUUCUUCAGGCGGAGAAUUCUAUAGCCUUGUUGCUCUUACUGUAAAAGAAAACCUUUUCUUUGCCUUAAAUGAAAUCUCCUUUCUUCCAGCCUAAAUGUGUGACCUUGUGUCCUAUGUAUAGCCCUGUUUAUGAAUAGGUUUCCAGAUAAUGGUUUGUACUGGCCCCAAGUAUAUUUGUAUAAUGUUAUCAUAUCCUUACUGAGGUGCCGUUUUUCCAAACUAAAGAGAUUUACAUUUUUUAACCUUUCUUCGUAACUAAAAUGCUCCAUUCCUUUUAUCAAUUUUGUAUCUCUAGAGACUAGAAUUACUAUCCUGUACUAGGUUAUUUAUCUUGAAGUGGCUGCUUACCUGUGAUGUUUUGAACACUUGAAUACAAUUUUAAAAUUGAGGCUGACACUUCAUUGAUUGGCUUGGCUUUUUUGAAUAAGGAUCCAUCGUUCACGAGGAUUGGAUCACCUCGGAGCGUGCUUGUGUGAGUGAGUGUGGCACUAAUUUAUUUGUUACUUUCGCAACACUAAUUAAAUGAAUUGACUAGCUGAUGUCAUUAAAGAAUAAUACAUAUAUUUUGUGUGUGUGUAUAUUAGAAUUUUAUUUAUUUUUUGCUUAGGUGCAACAUCAGCGUUUCCAUAUAUAUCCAAAAAGGUAAUAGGUGCAUUCAUAGGUCUUGUUCCAAUGAUUCUUUUAUUUAGUUGUGCAAAUUACAUGUGCAAAAUCAAAUAAUUCCUGAUCCAGGAAUUACACACAUACUGAACAAAAUUAUAAACGCAACACUUUUUUGUUUUUGCCCCCAUUUUUUUCAUAAACUAAACUCAAAGGUCACCUGUGAGGUGGAUGGGUUAUCUCUGCAAAGGAGGAGUGCUCACUAACACAGAUUUAGACAGAUUUGUGAACAAUAUUUGAGAGAAAUGGGUAUUUUGUGUACAUAGAAAAAGUCUUUGAGUUCAGCUCAAGAAAAAUGGGGGCAAAAACAAGUGUUUAUUUUAUAAUUUUGUUCAGUGUCUUUGUGUAUAUAUAAUGUACAAUAUUUAUUUUAAGGUCGGACUUGUUUUUAAGCUGAAACGCCUAUCAAACGUUGCAAGGCUACUGUAGUAGAGAUUGGUAGGAGGUAAAGUCAGUUUUCAAUGUUCAAUAUUUAAUUACUCUUUGGUUAAAAUGUACUGUUAUUAGAAAUGAAAGAAGUGUUCUGUGUUGUUUGUGUGGAGCAUAUUUAUUAUUUCAAAGUGUUAACAUAUUUCUUAUCACUCUCUUGUUGCUCGUCUUGGAAUGCUUCACUGUUGUCCUUGGUGGUUCAUCCGGUAACCUUGGCAAUGUACACUUUUUUAUUUUUAAAGAACAGAACAUUUUCAUUUUCUUAACAGGAAAUCCAUGUUUAUAAAUAUCUCUUGUGAUGGGCCUUCAAGGGGUGGGUUAGCAUUAUGUGACUACUUCCAUAAAGUUGUAAUAUCCAAUUUGCUCAAAUUACAUGUCCUAUUUGACAUGUUUUGACCAUGAUAAUAAAUUAUCUGUCUCUUGUAUUUUUGUUUGGGGGAGGCUGUCCUGUAGCAUGCAUUUACCGCACACAUCUACCUUCUUUAUUAAAAAAGAGUGCUCAGCAGAUCAUUACAGAUCUGUGCUUGUCAGCUUUGAUUUACUUGCAAACUAUUCUUUUAGGUGUUUUUAUUAAGCUAUAAGGUGCAAGACUGCAUAUCCAAUAAUGUGAUUUGCACAGCACUCCCACUGGAAAAAAAAGGAUAGUUAAAGGACCACUAUAGACACCCAGACCACUUCAGCUCAAUGAAGUGGUCUGGGUGCCAGGUCCCCCUAGUUUUAACCCUGCAGCUGAAAACAUAGUCGUUUCAAAGAAACUGCUAUGUUUACACUGCAGUGUUAAUCCAGCCUCUAGUCCUCACAGAGUCCAGCGGCAAAUGAGUAAUGCUUUCCUAUGGGCAGGUUUGAAUGUGUGCGUCUGUGCACGUGCAUUUGGCUCCACUUGGAAGCUGACUUGGUGGGGGAGGAGAGGUCACCAGCGCCGAGGGAGCCCGGUGCUGGAUUAAGGCAAGUGGCUGAAGGGGUUUUAACCCCUUCAGCGCCAAGGGAGGGGGACACGCCCAAGAGACAAUAGUGCCAGGAAACGGGUUUGGUUUCCUGGCACUAUAGGAUCCCCUUAAGAUCAUACAAACAAUUUUAAGUUGGUUCUUGAGAACUCACUGCAGAUGCAGGAAAUCCUAGCACUCCAGAGCUAUUUGUUUUUUCUCCUUUUAAUGUGUUUAUAUGACCCAUUAAAAGGAGAGGUCUCCUCCUGACUGGAUUCUUCCUUUUUACGUCUUUUUUUUUGGGUGAUAAAGAAACUUGUCUUGGGAUUUAAAAGGCAAGCCAUUUACGCAGAGCUCCCAAGUUUUCACUUGCCAAUGGUGAGUGGAAACGUAGCACUGGUGUGUGGAAGCUUAUGGCCCCUCCACUAACGGUGUUGUCUGAAAACAGAACUUUUUUUUGUAACUGCUGUCAAACUGCUUUAUAUAUAGGGUAUCGGGGAGCAGCUUGUUCUUCCAGAUUAGGCUGGCAACUUUAGACCAUGAAGCCCGCUUCCAAUUUUUAUAUUCAUCAGACUGUCACUGUGACAGUGUGUAUUGGGAAAAAUUACCCUUUCUUUCUUUUCUUUUUUUACCCCCUUCCUUUGCUGCGGAGUCAUAAUCCUAGUGAUAAAUACUACAAAUAUGGAAUCCAUGGACCGGUUGCAUGAUGUGUACAUGUUUUGAAUUGUCAGAUACUGCUUGAGUCAUUUGUGGGCAAGUUGGCUGUGUGUACUGAUUCCCUAUCCAUUCACAGUCCACAUUGCAGGAGUAGAUUUGCAGUGGGUAGUUCUGUUUAGUAGCUGGGGUGCUUGAAAUUUUGAGCCCUGAAUGCUCCUUUGCAAGGGCAGAUUUUCAUUUUGCUUGUUAAGAUGUAGAAUAUUUGAGCUUUGCAUGUGGGUUCUUUAUGAUUUUGUAAUUUUGUAUUUUAAUUUUGCUUUGCAGGUUGAUUACACCGGAAUAGAGCCAGAUAAUCCAUGCUAUAAGUGUUCGAACAUCUCAUGGAACAGUACACCGUGUGUUUGUUUUAUUAAUUUCACACUGGACCGUGCAUUUGAGGUACUUUAUAAUGAAAUAUUUCUGUAUAAUUGUGGCCCUAAUGUUUAUUGUUAACUUAAGAUGUAAGAAAAGGCUCAAUCACGAUGGUGCUUAAGUGCCAAAAUGACAUCCCAGGUCUGUCCAAGGGGACUUAAACAUUGAUUUGAAUAAAAAAAAGACAAAAAAAAAAAACUGUGUACCCAAAUUCAACAUUCCUGCCUGGUAUUGUAAUUAACCUUUCAAGAAGUUGGAGAAGUGCUUGAGAAGGUAAAGUGCUAUAAAGUACAAAGUAAUGUCAGUAUGUUAACAGUGUAACCUUUAUUACACCUGCCGAUAUAAUAAGUAAAAUGGAUAAGUUCACUUCCAAAGCGUUGCUCUGAAGCAAAAUGUGGAUCACUAUAAGACUUUAAUAUAAUAAAAAUGCACAAGUGAUUCCACCUAUUUCUAGAGUGCUGUUGUUGAGGGAGUUGGUGUUAAGAUUGCAAGUGAGGGUAAGCACAUUUUAAUUCAAACAUGAGUAUGUAUUGGAAAAUGUCUAUCCCCGCCUAAGUCAAAAUAAGGUAAAAUAAAAAUUGAAUAUUUGAUUGUAUUUCAAUACUUAUAUUCCAGCUACAAUAAUUAGGUUUUUUGAGUCUGCAGUCAUCAAAAGUUUCACCCUGAUUACAAGAUUGUAAUAAGGAGUGUAAGUUAAUCACUUGAAAAUAUAUAUAUCCUUAGGUGUCCAUAUGUCAGACAAGAAGGAAAUGGGUAUCUUGACUGUAUCAAAACGCUAACCGCUUCUUUACCGCUCUCUCCCUUGCAAUCUAGCUAAACAGAACCAGGAUACAAAUAGAAAAAAAAUUCAAUGUUCAAUACAUGAAUUGUAAGUAAACAUGAGGCCAAGCAGCCAGACACUCGUUUCAGUGCUUCAAUGCACCUUCUUCAGCGGCCAACCCGUAUCUGGUAGAAUGCAAGGUGUUUAUAAGGCUUAUAAGGUGUUUUUCUCCUUCCAACCCUUUUGUUAAAGCCAAUGGUAAAUGCCUCCGAGACCAUAUGAUUGCCGGAGAAUGGUGUUUUGGCACUUGUGCACUAGCCUCCCAUUGCUUUCAUAUGGGAAAGGAUUGUAUUGGCAGAGGUUAUCAAGAUUGAUGAUCUCAGCCAAAUAAGUGGUGGCUGCUGUGUAGUGAACACUGAGGCAAAGGUGGAAAGGUAAAUAAACUUGCCUUACUCCUUAACUCACUAGGUUUGAGGGUUGCAGUACCUUAACUAAUUAGCUGCUCACUAUAGCAUUAUCAAUACCUGUUGGUGUGUGUGUGUGUGUGUGUGUAUAUGUAUGUAUGUAUAUAUAUAUAUAUAUAUAUAUAUAUAUAUAUAUAUAUAUAUAUAUAUAUAUAUAUAUAUAUAUAUAUAUAUAUAUAUAUAUAUAUAUAUAUAUAUAUAUAUAUAUAUAUAUAUAUAUAUAUAUAUAUAUAUAUAUAUAUAUAUAUAUAUAAAAUUUAUUAUUGUCUGAAGUGAGAAUUUAAAGGCCAAAGUAGACUAAAUGGGAAACUAAUUCAGCUGUGAUUCCUGUUCAGCUACUUUGGCCUAAAGUUUGAAACUUACUUUAAUGAACCACCCAAUAUAGUGUUCCUUUAGCUCUUCAAUGCAUUCUCCUGGUUUAUCCAGAACUACUCUUUUUGAAUGACAUAUAAGUACACUUUCUAAUCGGUCAUAUCAUGUUACUCUCGGAAUUAUGGUAGAAACUGUCUGUAUUACCCAACACUGUAUAUGUAAACCUCUGCUGUUUCUUUUACAGAGUACAGUGUUUAUGUAUUAUGGGCUUUCCAACUUCUAUCAGAACCAUCGUCGUUAUGUAAAGUCCAGAGAUGACAGUCAAUUAAAUGGAGACAAGAAUUCUCUUCUUGUAAGUAAUACCGCAUGGUUUGACUUGCGCCAUGUGCUCAGGAAGGGAAUGAAAUGCCUUUUUGGUUAUUUAUGUAAAUUGUUUUUAUUCUAAAGGCUAAUAACAUCAUCUAGGUUUGAAACGGUGUUUGAGACAUAGGUUGCUCAUAAAAUUAUAUCUGAUAUAAAUGUGUUUGUGUCAUGAGUGCCGAUUAAUGGCGUUUUGUGAAGUUUCUAAUUUACAACCAUGUGUAACAGUUUGUUGCAUAUAUUACUUGCCCUCUCAUAAAGUCUCCACUCCGUUUCAGAUGGACUCGUAAAAUUACUGUGUAAGUUUAACCUGCCAGCUGUGUUGAAACAAACUCCUUGUAAUUCUGAUACUGUCGUGACCAAACUGGUAGAAACAAACAAUAUAACUAUAGUCCCACGCAAAUUGUUUAUAAUUAGUGUUGGCAUGAAAGCCUAUUUUUCAUUAUAAAACGGUUGCAUUUUUUAAGAACUAUUUGGUGAGUAAAAUAGGCACUAAAAUAGAUUUGCUAUUUAUUUAUAUUCUCCCUAUAUUGAUGUCAAAGGUAACCACAAAUAUAAUUGAAAGUGCCGCUUCUGUUUAUUGUGAAUUUAUAACAGUCGUUUAUAGCAGUGCACUUUAGCUUUCUCUCAACAUUUCAAGGGCCUGUUUAAUAAUUAAUAUGAUCUUAAUCAAUGAAACACUAAAGUGGUUAUUUAAUGGAAGCUGAUGGUGGGGUUUACCUUUUAUAUUGACCUUGUCCACAUUUUUCAAAGUGGUUUUGUUAGAACGGAGAUAGGAAAAAGUGUUUUUAUAUUUAGUGUCAAAAUGCUGCAGUUCAUCUAUUGCACUGCUUGUACAUUAUAUUUGUUUGUCACCCCAUAGAUCAGUGGUUUCUGCUCUCUAGUAUAUACAGUGCAGAUAAACAAACACUGACACACAUAUACAAACCAGCAGGAGGGUAGCUGGAGCUAUUUGGAGUUAAAGGCUUGCUGUUCUUCUGGCCCCCACCUGCCUCCCUGCACUGCUGGGAGGAAGUAACGGUCUCUCACAUGCUCCAUGCACUCCCUGUAGAAAAGGGGUUUGCUAGCGGGGUUAAAGGACCACUAUAGGCACCCAGACCACUUCAGCUCAAUUAAGUGGUCUGGGUGCCAGGUCCCUCUAGUUUUAACCCUGCAGCGGAAAACAUAGCAGUUUCAGAGAAACUGCUAUGUUUCACUGAGGAGUAAUCCAGCUUCUAGUGGCUGUCUCGCUGACAGCCGCUAGAGGUGCUUCCGCGAUUUUCACUGUGAAAAUCACAGGGAGAAGACUCUGAACGUCCAUAGGAAAGCAUUGAGUAAUGCUGUUUGAAUGCGUGUGCGGCUCUUGACGCGCAUGCACAUUCGGAUCUGACGUCGGCAGGGGGUGGAGAGUUCCCCAGCACAGAGUGAGCCCGGCGCUGGAGAAAGGUAAGUGGCUGAAGGGGUUCUAACGCAUGACCAGGUCGCGUGUCUGUUUGGUGGCCCUAAAUGCAUGGGACACCCAAAAGUUUCCAACUUGUGCGGUGCAGCUUUUACUGAUCUGCCACAGAUGAUGUGCAAAUCUGUGACAACUGAAAAGAAUACACUGAAUCGCAAACCAUAUAAGUAGGUGCCACACUUGUUGCAAUUCAUCCCCGAGAUAAUUUUGUAAUUUAUAAAGAUUUGCUUUUUUGUUAAAAUGUCAUUAUAUUGUUUAAAAAGGUCUUAUGUUUGUCACAUCAUCAACAUCUCUCCUGACCAGAUUGCUCUUCUCUCCUGGAUUCAUUAGUGUGUGGGUGUGUAUAUAUACAUAUGUGUGUGUUUUAUAUCCACACAUAAUUAUCCUCUUUAUGACCUCCCAGGUAUGCAAAGCAUUUAUUUUCGCAUCAUUCUUUCUUCUUUCUUCAUAGUCUUUCUUCUUCACCCUUUUCUUGACAUAGAGUGUAAACAUGGCCGGAAGAUACAUUCUUGCCUUUGUUUUUGCAUUGUCUCUUUUUAGCUGCUUGGUCUCAUUUACUUGAAUUCCAUGUUUUUCAGUUCAAUGUGUUUUUUUUUUUUUUUCCAUAAUUAGAAUCCCAGCAAGGAAUGUGACCCAUACGGAACCAGUAACGGCAAACCAAUUGCUCCAUGUGGUGCCAUUGCCAACAGCAUGUUUAAUGGUAAGAUUUUGGUCCAUGUAUCAAACUAAAUUUAUAUUUAUUAAUACAUGAUUUUAACAUUGCACUGUAAUUAUGACUUUGUGAAUUUAUUUUUAUAUAUUUUUAUUUUAUUGUGUUUACCUAAUUGGUGUAUGAGGCAUGUAUUAUUAUGGCUUGAGAAAGGCUCCAAGUGUAUUGAAACUUUGCCUUAUUGGUUUUAAUGGCUGAAUUAGCCACCAUUAUAUAAGGAUCUUUCCGCUUUACUUGAUAAGGUUCGGUUGAACAGGGACAAUAACACCGCCACCAAUAUGCAUUAGUUAUGUUUUGUUUUUUUGUAGUGCAUUGAAAUAUACAUAAUAUGACACUGACAUGUAGCAUUGCUAAACAGUGGAAUGCAGGUUUAGGGUUAGAGCAAAAAAUGUCAAGAGGGACUGCACGGUUUUUUUUUUUUUAUUUUUUUUUUUAAGGUAAGUAUGUAAAGCAGUGUCAAUCAUGCUAGGCAGACAUGUAAUGAAAUCAGUAGGUAACAAGCUGGUUUCAAGAAGGGAAAAACUCAGGCUGACAGCAUUACACUUUUACACCAUCCCGAUGUAUUCAUAUGCAGGUAUACACCAAAUUGAUUCAACAAAAAUAGAGCGAGAGAAGUGGUGGUGCUUGGCUUAGUGUUGGGUAAAAUGUUGCUAAACAAGGGGGGGUGACAGUAGUCCACCAGACUCUGUUUCCAGUGCCGUCCGAGACUAUCCCCUGUUGAGGGUGGAUGGAGGAUUAGGGUGACAGGCGCUGCUGAACGUGAACUAUCCUCCGCCUUGGUCGACGAUGCAGGGUAUACAAGCCCCCUGUGGCCUUCGGCCUAGAUGAGUGAAGCGCAGGAUGUACAGGCAGUCUCCGAAAAUUUUCACCCUCUAGUAGGCCCCUGUUCCUUUGGUCGGCUGUGGUGGUUGCCAUAUGGUGCUAGAGCUUGAGCCAGAAGCGUUGGAAGUGGUGGUAGAGCUGCACCGCGUCACUGGGAGGCUUCUGGAGGGGACUCGUGCCACGUGAGUCCAUGAGAGUACCUUCCGCCAUGUUGCAGCUUUGCUUGCAAUGUACAGAUGGUUGCAUGGUGUGAUAUAGGUAUGCACAAGCCAGGUCUGUCAGUACUGAGAGGACCGGGAUAUGUGCAGCGGAUCCACGUGAAGGGCUAGGUCGCAAGGAGAUCUGCCCCCUCUCCUUAGUCCAGGCCCCAGUAGGCCGAAACAGGAACCUCGGGCACGCGCUGGUGAAAAUGUUCGAGCAAGGUAGGAGAUUGUUUGCCCAGGCCCUGCUGGAGGAUAUGUCAAUGUCUGAGCAAAUAAACCCCAGAAUCAGGCACAAAUAGGCAAUUUGCAACUAGAAACUCAGGAGCUCAGGUUAGACACAUCUGAUCAGCUUAGAGGUCCUCUCCUCCCCCUUCUCCCCUCAAGUGUAUUUGUUUUGAGUGCCUAUCACCAAUUUUGAAUUCAUACAUUUAUUUAUUCUAAUUCUUAUUUAAAGUACAGUUUAAUUUAUUUAAACCUGCAGUAAAAAUUGUGGUGUUUUUUUUUUAUUUUUUUGUUAUUCUAGUAACUGUUUCAUCAGUUGUAGGCUAGUUUGUUUGUGCUGACAUGUUCUCUCUACACUUGUAGAUUCUUUAAGCUUAUAUCAGUUUGUAAAUGGAGUACAGAUGAACAUCACAUUGAAUAAUAAGGGAAUUGCAUGGUGGACAGAUAAAAAUGUCAAGUUCCGAAAUCCUACUGGAAAUGCGAGUGACCUGGCUGAAGUUUUUAAAGGUAAGAAUAAAACAGGCAAGAAAAUAUAAUAUGAUUUUAUAACAGUAACGUGUUUACAGCUGUAUGCUUAAUCAUGUGCAUGAGGGCUGUUUUGCUUUAGGAAAAAAAUGGAAAUUGCUUGCAAAUGAUGGCUGAAAAAAGAAAGGAAAUUGAGCAAGGAACUGGUGAGCCAAUACAGAGAGAACCUCUUAAAUGGGGGAUACCCCUAUUGAUAAAUGGCAAAAAGAAAGAGGGAAAAAUAGGAGGAUUUAUGUGUAUCCAAACCGUAAUAAACAAUAGGUAUGUGGACUAAUGUAGAUAAUAUCCAAGUGGAACGAUAUCUAAUUCAGUCAGGAAUUGGCUGAACAAAUGAAUAAAGCUUAACAUUUAAUAAGAAUAAAGCUUAAAAGGAUAACGUAGCCUAAAUAUAAAUCACCAAUAUAAGGACCUACCAAUCAGUCUGCCUGCCUGUCUCCCAUGGCCCUGGAGGCGUGUCAGCGGGACCCACUGGGAAUCGCCCUGCGACCCACACUUCGGGAAACUCUGGUCUAGUUCUAUCUCUCAACUUAUUAUAGCCUAGUAGGUGUUCCUAGCGUCUUUCUGCUCUGCUAGUAUUUCACUAUAAUUUAAGAGGGCUUUUUUGCCAUAUAGACCUCUAAACAGCUAUUGCAUAACAUUUGGCUAACCUAUUCCAUUUUUUUGCUAAUUAACCGUAUUUAUGAGGAAGAUAGGUAGGUGCGCUUUGCAAUAUUUAGCAGACUUUUUUUUUUUCGAGGUUCCUCUUGAUAAAUAUGCCUCCUACACAGCUAUUGUGCUACAUUUAGCCAACCCACCCUAUUUUUUUUUUUGCAAGUUUCUUCUAUUUAUGAGGAUUGUAGGUCCUUAUAUUGGUGAUUUUUAUAUUUAGGGUACGUUACCCUUUUAAGCUUUAUUCUUAUUAAAUGUUAAGUUUUAUUCAUUUGUUCAGCCAAUUCCUGACUGAAUUAGAUAUCGUUCCACUUAGAUAUUAUCUACAUUAGUCCACAUACCUAUUGUUUAUUACUGUUUGGAUACGCAGAAAUCCUCCUAUUUUUCUCUUUUAGUUGCUUGCAAAUGAUCAGCACUACUUCAAGGAUUGGCAUGCAAGUGAAUGGAAACCCUUGUGACUGUACUGUAUGUGCACAUCUUCCUGUCGUUCCUGUGGGACAGCAAAGUAAAGUCACAUGUAACAUUGCAGUCCUUGCAAUGCUUCUCCUGCUGGUUUCAAUGUGAAACCAGGGAAUGGAUCUCAGCUACCUCCUUUGAAAUAAUUUUAUUUGACAUGAUAUACAGACAAUUAAUAAUCUGGUUUCUCAUUCUUUCACUUUCUUGUUACAGGCUUUUAUCUAUGUUUGCAUUAUAUCAUUUUAUAUUUCUUCUACCUUUUUUCCACAUUUGCAGUGUCUUGGUUAAUCACUUAUCCUAUGUUUUGCAUUCAUAAUAGGAACAACAAAUCCAAUUAAUUGGAGGAAACCAGUGUAUGAGCUUGACCCAAGUGAUCCAGAGAACAAUGGGUUUAUAAAUGAAGAUUUUAUCGUAUGGAUGCGUACUGCUGCAUUGCCUACAUUCCGAAAGCUUUAUCGUCUUAUUGAGAAAAAAGAUGCAUACCCAGCCUUGGCACCGGGGAAUUAUUCUCUAAGAGUUGAAUAUAGUAUCCUUUUGUACAGAGGCUACAAGGGCAUUUCCAAUGAUAUCUUCAUAACAAGUAAAAAUGUAAAUAGUGAUAUCUGAAAUAUACAUGAAAGAUAAUCCGUGAUAUACUGAAACUUAUUUAUAAAAGGGACUUAGCUUGUAAACCUGCUAAUGUAAAUUGCUACUGUGGAACCUUGAAUGAAAUUAUAUUUACAGAUAUUACACAUAUUUUGAUUGCUUCCCCUAUAGGAAGUUGGUAUUUGAAAGGUGUGAAAAAUAAAAUGUUUAAACUCACAUUUUAUCCUGCAACUGGAUACUUCCGUCUUAGCUCCCUGUGAAUGUAGCUCUGUCCUUUGCACUUGGCUGUUUUCCUAUAGAUAUUUUCAGAUUAUCCUGUACUCAGCUUUGAUGGAAGGAAACGGAUGAUCCUGAGCACCAUUUCGUGGAUGGGAGGAAAGAACCCGUUUUUGGGAAUUGCAUACAUUACUGUGGGCUCCAUCUGCUUUUUCCUUGGCGUUGUCCUGCUCAUAAUACAUCAUAAAUAUGGAAAUCGGAACACUAGUGCCGAUAUUCCAAGCUAAAUCUGUCAAAAACACAUAUAUACUGUAUUGCAUGUGCAUCUGGGCAGGUCAAAGCAACGCACAGGCUUGUAUUCUGGCUUUCCUCUGUAGUAUUCUGAUUCUUAUUUAUUGAGUGGAAAUCAUUUUAAGGCAUUUUAUAUGUUGCAUUUUGGAAAAAGAAACAAGUAAAUGACCUACCUGAUUUAAAGGAAAUAAAAACUGUGCAGUAUGUGCUUUUUUUGAAAAGCACAUUAUUUACUCAUGUUUCAACCCUUCAUAUCAGUCAUGCUGUUAAAGAAGUGAGUUAUGUAUGUAUUUUUUUUUUUUUUUUUUGUGUGUGUAUGUUUCAUUCUGGUAAGUUUAGUUGUUCUCAGAUAUAGUACAGGUUUAAGAUUUUAUCUAAGCUGCAAACUUGGAUUGUUGGUAGUCUUUAAAGGGGCAGUCGAAGUAGCUUAACUGCUAAAGCAUUUCAUAGUGUGGUUAUGGUGCUUGUAGUCUAUGGGUACAACCCAUGUGUCAAACCAUUUUGGGAAAAAUGGGGACUGCUAAACACGCGUAAUUCUGCUUAUUGCUUGCCAUAUUGCAUUGCCAAUACAAAUUUUACACUUCCCUAUUAAAGCAAUACUCCAAGCACCAUGAGCACUUCAGUGAUUUGAAAUGGUCGUGGUGCCUGCAGUCUGUAUGUGCAGUGUUUCAUAGCAAAAUGCUGCAAAUAUUGAGUUUAACCCCUCUGCUGCUGGAGAUUUAUCUCCAACACCGGCAGCGCCAUUAACCCACAUUUCCACAGGCUGCAAGAGGGAGUGGUGUCAGUGUAGAAGUAGCUGGAAUGGUAAGUUUUAGCAGGUAUAUUUUAUCUUUAUCUAAUUUACUUUUAGAGAGGAAAACCAGGAAAGGAAGGGUUAUUUUAACCUAAAACAGUGGUUACAUUGAUAUGCUGAGAGUGUUGGGGCAAGCAAUUUGUUGUUGUACUGUGCUGGACUGGUUAUGAUGCUUAGACUGAUCCUUUAAACAAUGGUUAAACUUCUUUACAGAUCUGACAAAUAAUGGCUGGAUUUAAAUUGUGCAGGGUCUUCAUCUGAGUUUGGGGAAUUAAGAUUUAUUAUUUUCUUCAACUUUGUAAAGGUUUUAAUUUUCUACAAUUGAAAAAUAAGCCAUAACAAUAAGGAUCUAUGGCAUGCAUGCAACAUUUUUAUGUAGUUCUUGAGUCAUAAGGAACUGCAUUGGCAGUUUAAAAUUAAUUUUUAUGUUGCUUGUCCUACUUUUGGAUCAACAAUUAGACCAACAUUUUUUACCUUAUUGUUAAAGACCCCUAAACAUUAACUGUUCUGUUCUAAAUAAAAACAUAUAUUUAGUUUGACCUUGCAUGCUAGCACAAAACUCAACUUUUGCACUAUUUUCAUUUUCAUGCAAGACUGCAUUACAUUCCAUUUUAUUAAAUUAAAAAUGUCACAUGCUUAUGUGAAGAGAACAUAAAAGCAGUUAAAUACUUCUUCCAACCCAAGUGUACGAACUCUUGGCACCUUUAUGGUGAAGAAUCCAGCACUCAGUGUUCUUUAAUAGUCAUACCCUGUAGUACACAUAAAAGGGAUUAUUUUAAAAAAAUAAAUAAAAUAAAAAAUAAAAAAAUUGGUGGGGGUUAAUCAGUUUGAGCGCCAUAAAGUUUACUAGUAUUUGUCUCAGAAAUGUGAUUGUUUUAAAGGUGGCAUUUAUUAAAUUAUUUUCAUGCCGGUCUUUAGAAAUCACCCUUACACCUUUCUCAUAUCCGAUAAUAAGCGUCUGCAAAUAGUGUGGUUUUACAUGAAUGCUCAUUAGUUUUUCCAUCGUAAGCUUCCGCACUAAGCUCCUCAGAAUGGAAUAUCCAGAAAAACCUUCAACUUUUGUCCACUAAAGGUUACUCUUCGUGAAGAAAUAUAUAAAAGUAAUUCACUAACACAAGGUUGUGCUUUCUUUUAUACUACUAUGCAACACAUCUUUUGCACAUAGCUUCUAGAGCAGGCUUCCCCAAACUAGAGUAUAUAAGUGUAUAGAUUCUUUUAUUUUGAGCCCAAAUCCAAAUUUGUUUUUCAUUGGCUUAAGGAAAAUUAACCAUAGAGUUCCAGUGAACUAAGCAACGUAUUGUAAAUUUCUUUGAUACCUAAAGGGUUCAUGUAUACUGUAAUUGUUUUAUGUUUAGCAUAAAAAGUUUCACUUUUUCCAAAUUACAUAUGAACACUUUACACAUGCAUAUCUUUAGAGCAUAUAUAAACAGAACAUGUAUUUUUAGUUUGUGUAUAUUCUGUAUAUGGUGAGGUUUCUUGUAAUUUCUAUAAUGGUGUGAAUAUUCCUUCCUGUUGAAUAAUUGCAAUAUUGAAGUUUAUUUUACUUUCUAAUUUAAAUUUCUGCAUUCCUUUUACUGUUUUCUGCUGUGCUAUAAUGGUUAACAAAGGUCAUAUUGUUGACAGGAAUCCUGCUGAAACAUGCAUAUAUUAUCUGUCUCCAUUGUAUGCCAAAAUAAUGAUGUAUAGUAAUGUCUAGUUUUAAGCUUUGAGUUUUGAAUGAAAGCUUUAACGAACCCAUUAAAAUCUACUAUUUCUUAAUGCUUUGUAGUUUGCAUUAAACAAUCUUUUUUGUUGGCUUUCCCAGUCUAACUGCCUUAAUGUUUAGGUGCAGCAACAGUUGCCUAUGCCUCUAAAAUCAAGACUUCUUCAAAUCUCAGACUAUCUAAGCACCAAAAUUACUAAAGAUUUUGUAGGUGUUAUGUUGCAAGUAGUUUUUGUGCAGCCCCUUUUAUGUGUGUGGGUUAUUUUUUUAUUUUUUAUUUUUUUGUAGCAGCCCCUCUUCUUCCAUCGUGAAAAUGCAGAUGUUUUAUUCUGCAUUAUCCAUACAUGUUUUUUUUGGAAAAUCAUUUUUAU